AGACGCCAUUAUACCUGCAACCCAAGAACCUGCAUAUGAGUCAGUGUGUGGACUCUGUAGUGGACUAUAGAUAUUCACCAGUCAGACAGGGAAAACUCCUGUAAUUCCGCUAUUAGCUCAGCCUGCAGAGCAGGGAGUGCCGAGGGAGACAUGGAGGUGUGGAGCGUCUCAGGCACAGAGGAGAGCGAGAGAGAAAGCAGCCUCAGUCAGGACGAGGAAGAUGAGGAGCGUGAGGAGGAAGAACAGGAGCGGAGCACCGAGAGUCUGUGCAGAGAGCUGGUGCAAGUGCUGUGCUCAGAGAGAGUUGGCCAGGUCACCAAGACAUACCACGACAUCGAAGCUGUUACCAAUCUUCUGGAGGAGAAAGAGCGUGACCUGGAGCUGGCAGCCCGGAUUGGCCAGUCGCUGCUCAGACAGAACAAAGCUUUGACAGAACGUAACGAACUGCUGGAUGAACAGCUGGAGGCGGCAACAGAAGAGGUUGCUCAGCUGCGUCAUGAACUCUCUAUGCGGGAUGAUCUACUGCAACUGUAUGCCAGCACAGAGGAGAUGCAGCAUGAGCCCCAGUCACUGGUCAGGCGCAAUGAGUCAUUCUCUUCCCUCAGUAACAACCGUUAUGACUUCCUGCAUCAGAAGCUCAAGGGCCUGGAGGAGGAGAAUCUCAGGCUGCGUACUGAGGCCAAUGAACUAACAUCAGAGACUACCAGCUAUGAACAGAAGGAGCAACAGCUCAUGAUGGUGUGUGUUGAAGAGCUUUCUUCGGUAAGUAAGCAGGCGGUUUCUCUGUCAGAGGAGCUGGCUUGUAAAUUGGAGGACUCCCUGCGGCAGCAGGAGGAGAUCAGCUCAUUGUUGGGGCAGGUUGUGGACCUGCAACAACGCUGUAAAGGGCUGAUGAGAGAAAAUGAGGAUCUGACCCAGAAUCUGAAUUCCUCACGAGAAAGCCAAUCACAGCUCAGAGCAGAGCUGAAGGAUCUACAGGAGAGGUACUCAGAGUGUGAAGACAUGCUACAGGAGGCCAGGGAGGACAUAAAGAACCUGCGCAAUAUGAGCCUUCCCAACAGCACAGUGCCGCGCUACAGCUGCCUGGCUGCUGCGUUUCCCAUGGGAUCCCUGGCUGCAGAGAUUGAAGGAACCUUCCGCAAAGGCCUGGACAGCUCCACUCCCUCAGAGUACAAGACCCAUCCUUGGCGUGUGUUCGAGACAGUGAAGGUGGCCAAUCAGACUGCUCGACUGCGCUCUCGGUGCCACUCCCCCCUGGUCCCAGCUUCGCCCAGGUCCCAUAGCUCUGCCUCCACAGAGUCCAGUCAAAUGAGCACACCACACACCAGUUGCUAUGGCACCGAGUCUGUCAGCGUGAACAUCGAGGACAACUCCCCCUCUAUAACACCUUCACAGGACCUCAGCUGUGCGGAAGCAAAGCGUCUGGGCCAGCCAGGUCUGCCUGGCGGACAGGACUUGGAGGAGGCCCUGCGCUCCCUCUCGGCCAGGCAGGAAAGUCACUCAUCUGAGCGGUCCUUCCUGGAGGUGGAGCGUGAGCGCAAGCUCAGGUCACUGGCUACCAGCUUGGGCAGCUCCAGUGGCUGCCUCACACCCAACGACAGCAUGGUCUCCACAGGAACCAACUACUCAGGCAGUUCCCAGCAUUCCUCUGGCUCGUCUAGCUCCCGCUCGUACUUGCCCGAACGCCUGCAGAUAGUCAAACCGCUGGAAGGUUCGGUCACCCUACACCACUGGCAGCAGUUGGCCCAGCCCAACCUGGGAGGUGUCCUGCACCCACGGCCAGGCAUCCUCACCAAAGACUUCAGGGAGCUGGAUGUGGAUGCCCAGCAUGUGUACAGCCUUGGUGACCUCGAGGAGGAUGAGCCUGACCUGUCUACGCUCUCCAACCCCACUCCUUAUGCUAUGGUCGCUUCAACCGGACCAAACCUCCCCUUUACCUCUUCCAUCCACACCAUCACCAACUACGAGACCCUUCAGCCCUCUGGUCUGCUCUCAUCCCUCUCUACUAGCCUUCGCUCCCGCAGUCAAUCCAUGUAUGGAAGCUUUGAGCAAGUAAAGACCUCGGCAGAUGUCCAGCCAUUCUCAGCAUCUGCUGGUUCCUUCCAUCGAAGUGGCAAGUCCACGACAUCCUCACUGGGUCUUCUUCAGCGCCUACGCGAGAGAGGCAUAUCUGCUUUAGCUCGUGCUGGCUUGCCUCCCAUCCCAGGGGCUUCUACUUCAAAGGAUGCGGGAAGGAUCGCGCCAAGUGAAAGAGUGCACCCCCUGAGGAGCAUUUUCAGCUUCAACCUGGUGGAGAAACUUCAGAGCCUAGGCCUUCAUAAAGUGGCAGCCAGGGGGAUCAUAGACUCAGGAAAGGAGGGAGGAGAUUCGCACAAACCAAACACAAUGAAACGCUGAAAGCUGCCAUCCACCAUAGCUGCUGUUUUAUUGGAUGUCUUCCAUAUUGUACUCGGUCUCUUAUCUAGCCUUGUGUUCAGAUCCGGAAACACCGAAAGCCAUAGACAAGCGAAGUCUGUGCUGUAGCAGUGAGCUUCCUUUUUGCUUAUGAGUAGAUGGGAGAACUUUUUGUUCUCUUAAAGGGAAUUUGGCUUUUCAUUUGUUAUUAUUUAAGAAGUAGUUCUGAGCUUUGUUUAUUAUAUACACCAACAUUUGUCAGCAUCUGUCUUGACAAAUAUGAGCACUAAAUAUUAUUUAUUAGUGUCGGCAUAGAGAAAUAUGUUGAAUCUUCCCAGUGUACAGAAGCCAUAGCAACAGAGGUGUGUAUAGAGCUACCUUUAAGGCUAGUGACCUCUGGACUAUACUUAAGAUGAAAUCUGACUGCUCAUGGGUUAUCCAUUAGUUGUUUUUAUGACAAUCUGCAUGUGUUCCUACAUGAUCUUCUGAGCAUAUUGUUCAUUAUGUCUAGUUUGACAUAGUAUUUUAUAUAAUGUCUUUUAGAACCAAUUUUAGUCUCCCAGAAUGCACCGGGACCCUCAGCAGUGGAUAUCCACAUGUAUGAUUCCUGACUGUAAUUGUGCAAAGUUGAAGCUGUAAUGUAGAACUGACCAGAUACUUGAGAUAUUGUUUUCACUGCUGUUGGAUGUGAAACUGCUGAAUGAUGACAUACUGUAAAUGCAUAAAAUGAGAUUUAAUGCAUCUCAGUGUUUGCACAGGUGGAUUUUCAUUGAUCAAGAGUCAAUGAUGAGCAUUCAAAGUACCUCAUUUGAUCACAUGUUCCCUUGUUCAUUUUGCUUCAUUGAGUGCUUCAGUAAUACUUUGAAUAGCUUGUAAUUUUAGAGACAUAAUGUCAUCCUUUGCCUUGUUACUGGUGCCAGUCUUUCCGGAGUGUUUUGUGAAGUCAUGUGACUUCACCCAAGAACAUUUCUCAGUAGUAAUAAAAUCUGAUACACAGGGCCUCCUAUCUUUAAGAAGCAACUGCAGUCAUCCUUGUGUUAAUGACCAGGUUUAUCAUUUAUCUAUCUCUACCUAGUAAGUUUUUAAAUACAAUGACUGUCAAAGUGAGAAUAAAAUGACCUUGUCAUAUGCACUCAUAAAGCCUCUCCCUCGGACAUCUGUAAUAGCUGUGUGCAUAAGUCAUCCAAAUAAGAACUCAAAUCAUUUUUAUUGGCAAGCCCUGGGAUGGGGGAAGUGCAUGGGCAGCGACUGAGUGUUUAACGUUAAAGUUUAAAAAUGUUUUUGUCCUACUGUACAAUAUUUUUU